GUUCAGAUGUGCCUUUUAAAAGUGAUUCUUUGGACUUCAAAGAAUUUUAAAAGUGUUAUGACUUCGAAAAUAAGAAGGUUGUAAUCAUAAAAGUCUGUGUUUUAUCUUUGUCUUCAAGUCCUAGCCCUAUUAAUAAAAAUAAGGUUGUAGAAAAACCAAUUUGCCACAUUAAAGAUUUGGUUUACUUUUACACACUAUCCAAAUAUACAUGAACUAACUUUAAAUAGUUUGUUGAUUAAUCUUUUGAUGUUAUGGUUUUCAAGUUAGCAUGCAAAACAGUUGGAAUUGUUGGGCUUGGAAACAUUGGAUCUAGAGUUGCUACAAGACUAACGGCCAUGGGUUGCAUAGUCUCAUACACCUCAAGGCAGAAAAAGCCCUCUAUACCCUUCACGUUUUACCCAAAUAUCCUCCAACUCGCUUUUGACUCAGAUGCUUUGGUCGUAUGUUGUGCGUUGACCAACGAAACACGUCACAUGAUCAACAACAAAGUCAUGAUGGCCUUGGGAAAAAAAGGUAUCAUCGUGAAUGUGGCCCGUGGGGCCAUCAUUGACGAGGUGGAGUUAGUGAAGUGUUUGGUUGAAGGUGAAAUUGGUGGUGCUGGUUUGGAUGUUUUUGAAAACGAACCAAAUGUUCCCAAAGAGUUGUUUGAAUUGGACAAUGUCGUUCUUUUGCCUCAUAGAACGGCUUUCACAAAGGAAUCAUUUUAUGAUGCCGCUCAGAUUUUAAUAGGUAACUUGGAAGCAUUUUUUACGAACAAGCCCUUGCUUACUCUUGUCGCCAACGAAUUCUAGUCACCCAGGUUGUAUUUUCUUGGUUAGCUUUCCGAAUAUCAUAGAAUGUUUAUGAUAUCCAUUUUAAUCUAAUUAAGUUAUGCGACUUUUGGUUU